GCGGUGCGCAAAGGGUUAAAGCAGCAUACUGUGACGGUGACCUUAGUCCCUGAGCUCUCAUAAGAUGCUGGCUAGGAUGCCUCGCCGCCUCCUGACCAGUGCAGCGCCAUUCACUCUCAAGGCCUGCAGUGUACAAGAUGGAGGAAGGCUGUCACAUCAACGUAGCGAUGCUUGACGACAUAUGCGUCAACGGCGUGGUGGGUUCCAAGGUCGCCACGGUCACGGAGCAGCCAGCCAAGCAGCCGUGCGGGUCCACCGUCAGCUUCCACGACGUCCGUUACAAAGUUCACGUGAAGGACGCCUUCUUCUGCAAAAACACGUCAAGUCCUCGCCUGAUACUACUGGACCUCAAUGGUAUCAUGAGGCCCGGUUUGAAUGCAAUCCUCGGACCUACCGGAAGCGGAAAGUCAUCUUUUUUGGAUGUUCUCGCUGCGAGGAAGGAUCCCUCCGGGCUCUCGGGGGAAGUUCUAAUCGACGGAGCGCCGCAACCACCGAAUUUCAAGUGUCUGUCAGGCUAUGUGGUCCAGGAGGACGUGGUCAUGGGUACACUAACAGUGAGGGAGAAUCUCCGUUUCUCGGCAGCGUUGCGUCUGCCCACGUGCGUGUCGGAGCGCGAAAAAGAGGCCCGCGUCAAUCACCUCGUCGCAGAGCUGGGUCUCGCCAAGGUGGCUGACUGCAAGGUGGGCACGCAGAUGACUCGCGGCAUCUCGGGAGGCGAGAGGAAGCGGACCAACAUCGGAAUGGAGCUGAUCAUCGACCCUCCCGUGCUCUUCUUGGAUGAACCUACCACAGGCCUGGACGCCAGCACAGCUAACUCUGUCCUGCUGUUGUUACGAAGGAUGGCCAACCGAGGGAGAACCAUUAUCAUGUCCAUCCACCAGCCUCGCUACUCCAUCUACAGACUCUUUGACUCGCUCACCUUGCUGGUUGGAGGCAAGAUGGUGUACCAUGGACCGGCGCCAAAUGCGUUGGACUACUUCGCAAACAUCGGAUAUUCCUGUGAGCCCCACAAUAACCCAGCCGACUUUUUCCUGGAUGUAAUCAACGGAGACUUCACUGUCAUCAGCAGGUCCAAAGUCAACCUUCCUGAAGAUUUGGACUUGGAGCAGGCGACGAGCUCCAGGAAGAGCAUGGAGGAGCGCCUGGUGGAGGAGUACAAGAACAGCAGCUACUACAGCGACACGCUCGCCCAGUUGGAGCGCAUCGCUCAGGAUAAGCGGCACUCCCCGCCGUCCGCCGCGCGCACCGUCACCUACAACAGCUCCUUUGUCCACCAGCUGCGUUGGGUGCUACGCAGAACCUUCCAGAACCUCAUGCUGAACCCACAGACAUCUGUGGCACAGGUGGUGGUGCACAUUAUCCUGGCUUUCAUUGUGGGGGCCAUUUUCUUCAGAGUCAAAGAUGAUCAGAGCGGCAUCCAGAACAGGAUGGGGGCGCUCUUCUUCAUCACCACCAACCAGUGUUUCAGCACAGUGUCGGCAGCCGAGAUCUUCAUCGCCGAGCGCAAGCUCUUCGUACACGAGUACAUCAGCGGCUACUACAGGGUGUCCGUCUACUUCCUGUCCAAGGUGUUGUCCGACGUGGCCCUGCGCACCGUCACCUCCGUCAUCUUCAGCUGCGGCGUAUACUUUAUGAUCGGGCUGAAACGCAGCUUGUCCGCCUUCUCGGUGUUCACGCUGACGGUGACGCUGGUGGCGUACACGGCCACCGCCAUGACCAUGGCCAUCUCGGCAGACCAGACGGCGGUGGCGCUCGCCAACAUCUUCAUGACCAUCACCUUCGUCUUCAUGAUGAUCUUCUCAGGUCUUCUGGUGAACCUUCCGAGCAUCAUGGACUGGCUGGCCUGGCUCAAGUACUUCAGUAUUCCUCGUUACGGACUCGCCGCCCUGAAGGUCAACGAGUUUGUGGGGUUAAAAUUCUGCCAGAACGCCAACAUGUCCGCCGCCGUGACCAGCUGCAACUGCAGCGUGGCGACCACCGUUGGACUGACAUGUACCGGGGAGCAGUACCUGGACUAUCUGGGGAUCCAGUACGGCAUGUGGGGACUGUGGGAGAACCACGUGGCGUUAGCCGUCAUGCUCGUGGGCUUUCUGCUCAUUUCCUACCUGAAACUUCGCUACAUUAAGAAGUUCACUUAAAAAAAAAAUUGUUUUUGUUUUUCAAUCAUAUAGAAGAAAAUUGUACAAAAAGUUCCAUUUUAAAAUGUUUAUUUAGAAAUAUUCACAUUGGAUCCCUUAUUUUAAAAGUAGAUGUGAUUUCUUUUUCGUAUUUGUCACUCGGAUUUUUUCUUUUUUGUAUUUACCUCAGCAGUAAACAUUUGUAAUUGUAGAUGAAAAAUUAAAUCAGUAUUGUUUUUGUAUUGUUUCAAACAAGUUGUACAAUUAUAUUCAUGUAUAAAUGUCAUUACGAAAACUCAAAACUGUUUUGUUUCUUUUGU